AUGCGCUCUAUCAUGAAAGUCUACUUUAAAAAGGAUGUAACCUCACAUUCAUCAGUUUCACUUUUUUAUUUAACAGAGAAUCAGAGCGAUAACGUAGAAUUCAGCUCUUCAACAAGUUCAAUGAAAUCAAUACUCAAAAAGCGCGACGUCCCGAAUGGCACUCAACCACAAGUAAUUAAUCGUCGUGCAUCAACUCCUGGAGAGGAAUGGUCCUUAGGGUCAUCUUCCACCCGUGCUGCAACACCUGCAUUCCCGGUACGUCGUGAAACACCACUACCUUAUCAUCCACUCUUAUUUGAAGGUGCCAAAGAUGUGGUAUCAUCGAUGCAACCAGUAAAUAACAUCACUUGCAGGUCUCCAUCACCACAUUCAGGCUACUAUGCGCAAAGUCAUCGUACUUCAAUUUCUUCAGCUGAAUCACAAAAACAAGCAAAGCAAAAAUUUGAAUUCUUGCGUAAUGACUGA